AUGAGGGUGGAUUAUCCCGAGCCGAGAGAAUCGAAGGGCCGCUUCGCCAAAUGCGUCACAAGGCUGAGGACAAUCAAAAAGUGGCUGAUCAGUCCGCGAAAGCCAAGUCAGGCGCCACGUCCCGACUCUUUUCUGGAGAAAUUCACCUAUACCGACACGGCGGAAGGAAUCGUAGAAGGGAUUCUCUUGAAUGACAGCAAUGGAGACAUCUCCCCGACCGUUAACCGGAGCGGUUGUGGAUUGUCACCCGGAGACUGGAUUGUGGAUCCGUCGGACUCCUUCUACUACACGUGUCUUUUCGUUGUGUCGCUUGCCGUUCUUUACAACACGUUGUUUAUCAUAGGACGAGCAGUGUUCUGGGAGCUGCAGAAUACAUCACCGGGGCUGUGGUUCGCCUUGGACUAUUUAUGUGAUCUCGUCUAUAUUCUCGAUAUGUGUCUCCGAGCAAGAACCGGAUACUUGGAACAAGGGCUACUGGUCAAGGACACCGACAAGCUUUUGCUGCGCUACAUGAAAUCAACCGCUUUCCGACUCGAUAUUUGCUCGCUGCUCCCAACCGACCUGUUCUAUGCCUACUCGGGGGUGAACUGCACCGCCGAGAACGUACCUUGCGUUAUCAUCGUUCGUUUGAAUCGUCUACUGCGCAUCCCAAGAGCUCUCGAGUUCUCUGAGCGAACAGAAACCCGAACAAAUUAUCCCUACGCUUUUCGUAUAGGUAAACUCAUCUUCCUGAUUCUCGUGAUCAUUCACUGGAAUGCCUGCAUCUACUUCGCUGUCAGCUCUUUCAUUGGGUUCGGAUCCGACAACUGGGUCUACCGGAAUAUAUCAGAACCACGAUUCGCUAAUCUGAGACAUCAAUACAUCUACUCAUUCUAUUGGUCGACUUUGACGUUGACAACUAUCGGAGAGGUGCCCGUCCCCGAAAAAGACAGUGAAUACGUUUUCGUCGUGAUUGACUUCCUCGUCGGCGUCUUAAUUUUCGCCACUAUCGUCGGUAAUGUCGGAUCGAUGAUUACGAACAUGAACGCCGCCAGGGCCGAUUUUCAGCACAAGAUGGACUCCGUCAAGCAGUACAUGGAGUUCCGGAAAGUCUCGAAGGAACUAGAAAAUCGCGUAAUAAAAUGGUUCGACUAUCUCUGGACGAACAAACAAUCUCUGGACGAGGAGCGCAUAACUGGCGUGCUCCCGGAUAAACUCAAGGCAGAGAUCGCAAUACACGUCCACCUCGACACGCUCAAGCGUGUGAAGCUAUUCCAGGACUGUGAACCAGGGCUCCUCGUUCAACUCGUUCUGAAGCUCCGGCUCCAAGUGUUCAGUCCGGGCGACUACAUAUGUCGCAAGGGGGACGUCGGCAAGGAGAUGUACAUCGUUAAACGAGGGAAACUCUGCGUAGUCGGAGAUGACGGAAAAACGGUCUUCGCUACGCUACAGGACGGCAGCGUGUUCGGUGAAUUAUCCAUCCUGAACAUACAGGGAAACAAGACAGGAAACCGACGAACCGCGAAUGUCCGGAGCCAGGGUUACUCCGAUCUUUUCGUGUUAUCAAAAGAAGAUCUCUGGAGUGUGCUGGAAGAAUACCCCGAAGCCAAGGAGAUGCUAAUUCGGAAGGGAACAGAAAUUCUCCGGAGAGACGGCCUCCUCGAUGAGGACGCUAUUAUUAAGGACGAAGAGAGCAUCCUCUCUGCGCAGGAUCUCACCAACAAUUGUCUCAAUCUGGCCCGUCAGAUGGACGCUCUCAAGGACCAGAUGACAGCUUUGUCCCAGGAAAUGGAUAGAGCCCAUCGAGAGAUUCGAGAGAGCAUACGAUCCUUAAUUACUAAGAAAAUUGACGAAGAAGGCAUUCCCGUCGCCGUCGACUGA